CUCAAGCUGAUGUAUAUAAGUAACAUCAUCAGACGUAUCAAUCAUGUCUCUACUCAUCCUUCGUUGACAUCUCAUUCUUUUCAUAAUGCCCUCUCUUUCAAAAAUCGCAGCUGUAGCUGCUGUAUCCUUCACCCUCAUCGACGCAAAAGCCUGUCCCCCUCUGGGCGCCGUCUUCCCAGCACCCCAAACCCCCAGCCAAAGCUCCCUCGUUAAAAAAGCAGUAUCCAUCCUCGAACAAGGUUUCGAUGCUCAGUUUGGUGCUCUAUUCAACACCUCCGCUCUCUCCAUUGGUGUCAAGUCCCUUCACGAGGAUGAGCCUUUGUUUACGUAUCAGUGGACACCGCCUAACCCCGGUGAGGGCGCUGAUAAGAUAGAUGAAGAUACUAUCUUUCGAAUUGCUAGUGGUUCGAAGCUUUUUACUGCUUUGGCGGCGCAUAUUAGUGAUAAGAUUGAUUUGGAGGCUUCGGUGCUGAAGUAUUUGCCUGAGUUGAAUAAGACGGCUGGGGAUGAUGAUAUCUUUUCGUUGAAGUGGGAAGAUAUCACCGUUGGAUCACUUGCUAGUCAUCUUUCAGGAGUUGGUGUUGAUAUGGCACAGGAUCUUGCAAUCGUUGGUUCCGCACCGUGGCAGCCAUACGGUCUUCCUGAGAUCCCCAAGGGCAAGGGUCCUAACUGCUCUGGCCUGCCCGGAACUACUCCUUGCACCAGGAAGGAUCUUCUUGAGCAGGUCAACCUUCGACCUCCGGUUUAUGCUCCCUUCACCAACCCCAUAUACUCCAACAUUGGCCAUGCUCUUCUCGGUCUUGUCAUCGAGGCUGCUGAAGACAUGCCUUUUGAGGAUGUCAUCAAGCGUGAUAUUCUUGAUGUUGUUGGUAUGAAGCAUACUUAUGUCGACAAGACGCCUCCUACCGAUGAUCUCUUCAUUCCUUACAAGGAGCCUACGUGGAACGCCACUCUUGCUGUCUUUGACUCCGCUGGUGGCAUGUUCUCGUCCGUCUCGGAUAUGCUCCUCCUUGCCGAUGGCAUUCUCAGCAACAAAUUCCUCACACCCGUUCAAACCCGCAAGUGGAUGAAGCCCGAGGCCAACACCGCGUCAUGGGGCUACCAAGUCGGCGGUCCCUGGGAGAUCCUCCGCGGUGACAACAUCACCUCCGACGGCCGUCUCAUCGAUAUUUACACAAAGAGCGGUGAUCUCGGUCUCUACCACUCUCAAACCGUCUUGAUCCCAGAUUACGACAUCGUCAUCUCCAUCAUGUCCGGCGGUCUCGAAGCUUCCGAUAACCCCUACGUCACCGGCACAAUCCUCAGCGUCGUUCUCCAGACCCUUCUUCCCGCCAUCGAAAAGGUUGGCCGCAAUGAUGCCAAGGAGGCUUUUGUAGGUGAUUAUGAGGACAAGGAGACCAACUCAACCAUCACAUUCACAAUGGACAGCGGUCCGGGUCUCAAGAUCAAGAGCUGGCAAAUCCGCGGUUUCGAUGUCCUUAACAACAUCGGAAACUACAACUUCAACGCCCUCGAGUCCAACGCCUCCACAAAGACUCCCUACGUCGACGCCCGCGUGUAUCCCAGCAACCUCAACAAGAAGGGCCAAACAGCAUGGCGCGCCGUCUUUGACCGUACAAACUCUACUGUCGACGCUGAAUACGACAGCGCUUUGUUCUUCAAAGACGGAACUUGCCAGACAUGGUUCCAACAAGAUCGCAUGGUUUACGAUUAUCUACCCCUGGACCUGUUUGUUUUUGUUGAGGGUGAGGAGGGUAUUAGUGAGGCUGUGAGAAGUCCUGGUUUCAAUGUUACUUUGACAAAGGUACGACAACCCGCGGAGAAGAAGGCGGCUGAUGAGAGGAAUGCUGCUGGUGAGAUGGAGCGCAUUGGAGUGCUUGGUCUUACGCUUGUGGCUGUUGCGACGUUUAUGAGCAUGUUCUAAUAGGUUUGCAGGUCAAGUCCGGUUCUGGAUAUUGAAGAGCGCGUUGAUGAUCAGCGUGGAAUUCAUAAGACGAUGACGUAAUUUGUAUAUAUCGUUCCUAUACGGGAUUAAAUCUACUAAUUGAAUGAGCUGCUCAAUUUGAUCCAGCUUUAAGUGAAAUGUUGAU